UCAUCUUCCAAAAAUAUGAAUUUAUUGAUGCAGAUUGAUGAUGUCACAGCACAAGUGAAACGCGCAUCAUUAUAUUUGGAAUGCCUGAAAGGAAAACAUAAACUUGUUCAGGAGAAAUUGCGAACUAUGGCAAAUGAGGAAGAAGAAAAGGAUAUAGAAGAGAAACUUCUUUUAGAAAAGAAACUUGAACAGGAAGUCAUCAACCUCAAAACUCACAUAAAGGAGAAUAUGAUCGAUAAAAAGGAUGCGGAAAAGCAUUUACAAGAGGUUUUACAAAGAGAGGCAAAGAAAACCUUCAAAGAAUUUAAUCGUAUUCUUCAAGUUUUACAGCUGAAAACUGAAGCUGAUCGUCUGGAAGAGCAGAGAAGAAAUGAUUCUGUCGCUGCACUGAGAACCGAAAUGGAAGGCAUAGUUAGAGAAAAGGAAUCUGAGCUCGCGAAACUAAAAUCUGAAGAAGCUUCUGCUAUCACUGAGUUGGAAACGUAUAAGGAAAGAUACCGAGAACAGUUAAAGGUUACAUUUUCACUGAGACAGAAAAGAGACAAUAUUCGCAAGUCCAUUGAUCAGCUACAGAAAGACAAUGCCAGGCUUCUUGUGGAGAAUGAACAGUUCAGACUUUCACACAGGGGAAACUUCUACUGAAAAAUUUCAGGAUUGAUUCGAACACAGCAGAAAAUUCAAAACAAGAGCAAACUUGGGUACCCCUAUGUCACAUCUGUGACUUAGACUAAGAGCUUGCAGGACCCACUUGCCAAGGUUAGUCACAGUUUCAGUUGUCCAUUGUGUUUCAGGUUUCUGAUAGGAAUGUUUCCAGUUUCAUGAAUAAUGGAGUUCAGAGACUUGUCCCUGUGAAGUUAAGGUUAAGUAACCUCUGUUAUGAAGUAAAGACAACAUUCUUAACCAUUUUAUGUAUUUUUUAUUCUUGAUAAUUUUAGAUAGAUGUACAAUGAAAUACCACAUUUAUCUCCUUCCCUUUUCCCACUGCCAAUUCUCCCCAUCCUCCUCGAUAUGUCCCCUUCUCAACCUUAUAGUUCAUUGGGUCCCAUUAGUCCUGCUCAUAUAUGCAUGGGUUUGGGACCAUACCAUUGCUAAAUCACUCUCUGGAACUUUUCUUUUCAACACAUGCUUACAUAUUAAAUUCAUUCAUUAAAUGGAACUAAAUUGCUGCAUUUUAAAUUUUAUUCAAAUAAGUAUCCAUAUUAGAUUUUAGAAAAUAUGAUUAAUACUAACUAAAUUUAUACCAUGCAAUAGUUGGCUUAUUUAUUGUUAUUAAUUAUUAUUCCUAUUAAAUUUUUAUGCAUUUCAUACAAUACAUCUUAAUCAUGUUUAGAACCCUCCUUUACCUGCAUCCCUCCAUAGUGCCCCAUGCC